AUGGGGGUGGCAAGUGGAGCACAGAUGAGACCACCCCGAAAUGACGCCCACGUAAAGUUUGUGCCUCUGCAAACCCAGGUCUAUAAGAAGGACACAUACCCUAUGCUCUCCUCCUUGCUCUGCUCUUCUGCCUCUCUCUCUGUAGCUUCUUCAUCUCUCCCUCCAUUUCCCAUGGCCAAGGCUAGGAUCUUCUUACCACUGUUUCUAUUGUUUCUUCUGGUGGAGUUGGACGCGUUCCCCAUACCAUGGGUGCUUGGAGCAGAGGGAAUAGAUUGCUCUUCAAGGUGUGCAUAUCGCUGCAGCAAGGCAUCAAGGCAUAAGAUGUGUAUAAGGGCCUGCAAUACGUGCUGCCAGAGGUGCCACUGCGUCCCACCAGGGACCUUUGGGAACAAAGAUGUGUGUCCCUGCUAUGCUAACAUGAAAACCCAUGGUGGUCGUCCCAAAUGCCCCUAGAAGCCAUGUAACUCAUGCGAGAGCCACCCAAACAUCCAUGACCAUCACUACCGGGGCUUGAUAUAUACUGUUUAAUGUCUGCAAUUAUAUGCAGUCUCAGAAGUUUACGUAAAGAAUAAGCAUGCACUUUAUAUUAUCACUCUAUAUUGCUAUGUUUAACAAUA